AUGGGAAGAAUAUCUCUUCCUCCUUCGACAGUUAGGGUUUCUAAAAUCACAGACAGAUACAGUACGAGUAUGUAUAUUGAUAAAUGUAUUAUGAAUGUAUACCUAGUUUAUCGUAAAACAUAUGAUUAUACAUUAAAAAUUUUAAAAUAGAAAAAUAUGUAUAUAAUGAUGGAAGUAAAUUUAAAAAUAUAAAAUACAAUUUUAAUUAUAAAAUUUUUUUUUUAACAACAAUGUUUUACGAAAUAAUGAGUGUUUCACGUUAUAGUAAUUACCUACAACAUACAAAUUAAAGAAUUGCCAAUGCGUUAGAAAUAAUAAAAAGGUACUAUGUUUAGAAUACUAAAUUAACCAAAAAUAUUAUUUAUUUCUUAUAGCUGCAUCACAAAAUGAACAUAAAAAUAUGUAUCCUAGAAACAUCCACGAAGAAGAAGAAACUGAUACUUUUCAAUCAGGUACCUAUAGGUUUAGAUAGUAAACAUUUAUUUAAUAAUGACGUAUAAUAAUACAUAAGUACAUAAAUUAAAAAUUGUAAUAUUCAAUCAAUAAAAUAUUUGUAUAGCAGGUAAUUACUUUGCACCUGAUCACAAACAGCUAACAAGUAAUAUCACAUAUAUUAAAUAAUAUUGUAUCCUAAUUUAAUCAAAUUUUGAAUGAGUAAAUAUUUUACAUUUUUAUUUUAAAUAGUACUUGUUUAAUACUCAUAAAUUAUUAAAUAUUAUGCCAAGUUAAAAGAAUUAUGUUUUUAUUUUCUGGCAGAAAAUAACCAUAUGAUCAUUGAUUCAAGUAAUAAUAAUCCUACAAAUGAUAGCAACAAUAAGAUGAAACCAUCUACAAUUAAACUCAGCGAUGGUAAAUUUCCAUUCUUAAGUAUAAUAAAUAUUUUUACCUUGUGAGUAAAAAACUAUUAACAAAAUCAUUAGCUACGAAACGUAAAAAAUUGCAAAACCUUAAAGAACGAUCAAUCUGAACUAAUUAUUGAACACAUUUUUGUAAUGUAAUAUUUUGUGUUUUGCGGCCAAUAUUUUUGUCAAGAAUAAUUUUCUUCUUAUCAACCAUAGGACCUUAUUUAUUACUCUUUGUAUUCUGAUGAUUUCCCUUUAUGUCAUAUUUUAGUCAGCGAUAAUUCAAAUAUAAAAAAAACGAAUUAUAUAUAUCUAAGAUAUUCAAGUAUAAUCAAUACUCACAAAAUGGAAUUUUUUUUUUAAGAAAUAAGCCUCCAUGGUAUUUUAGCACCUGAACAUUUAAAAUAAAGGUAUACUUGUGAAAAAACAUUUUUUUUUUUUUAGCACACCCUAGUAAAUACUUACAUUAUAAAAAUGUUAACAUGCGUUCGAUUACAUGCAAUUCUUUAUUCCUCAUAAACAAGCAUUCCAAAAAUGCAUUACUAUUAUAAUCAGCGACUAUAUGUAAUCCCUUAUUGAACUAACGAGCUAAAAAAAAAAUUUUUUUUCGUUAAAUUUUAAUAUCAAUUUAUUAAUACUUAUUAAUUAUAAUAUUAGGCAUAGUAUGCAAUGCAUGUAUACUUAAUGCUCAAAUUGGGGGAUUCAGAGGGACGGAGUAUUUCAACCAAUUUUUGAGAAAUUAUUGCAUUUAUCUUCUAUUUGUUUGAAGUGGAACACAUCGGACUCAGUGGCAGAUACAAGGGUGGAGGGAACGACAGGUCGAUCCAUAUCCCUGAGUCCAUCACGGAUGGAACGUUACAUAUUUUGUUACCUUUAGUAACCUAACUACCAUACGCUGAACUUUUUUUCCAGUAAUUACAACUCAUGAUAAACCUUAUGUUAAAUUUUCGAAAAUUUUCGCUGAUCCGAAACAAUUUGAAUCACAUAAAUCUUUCCAAUUAUUUUUUAAUAAAUAAAUAUAAUAAAAUAUAACAGAAACCAUUACUGUGGAAAUUAUACAGUUAAAAGUUUUCCAGGUAUAUUUUCUAGGAUUUUCCUCUAAAUUAAGAAUGCUACAAAGAAAAUCAAAAAAAAUAACCUUCUCAAUUCACCAAUGAGACAAACAUUUUUAUUAGAAACCAUCUCUAAAUUUGAUUAUCAGAGCAAGAUUUCUGGUUAUAAAGUUGUUCAUACUUGUACAUAAAAAAAAAAAUAACAAAAUCACGUAUCAUAGUAAUAUCAUAGUAGAAUCUAAGAUAAAUUUUAUCUAUUAUGUUAGCAAUAAGUUGGCCUACAGUAUUAUUAGUAUGGUUUCAAAAAUUAAUAUUUAUUGAAUUAUGUUUAAACAUUAGUGAGGGGGAAGGGAGUGGGGGACAAAGCCAUCCACUGAUUAGGUUGAUUUCAAGGGACGUUGUUUGAUGUAAACAUGAAAAAUAAAUACAAACUAUAAAUAUAAAUUAAGAUUGCAAUGAAGAUUUAACUAAAUCAUAGUUCAAAGACGUUUCGUUUCACUAACCACGGUACCUAUGUAUAGUAGGUAGAUACUCAACUUCUAUAAAAUACAUUUAAAUAUAAUUGAUUAAAAAUAAUACAAAAUACACAAUUAACUUAAAAUCCUUACUAAGAUUUGUUAAUAUUAACAGCAUACGUUAUAAUUAAUGGUAGGGAAUUUCUUUUUAAAAAUGUAUUGGUUCAAGUACGAGUUCCAGUCAUUAAAUAAUAUGAGCUAUAUACCUAGUUCAAGUUUUAGUUCAUGAAUUUCAAAUAAGAGUAAAUUAUUUGUAUAUAAUGUUGUUAUUUAUUUUAAUAACUCUGUUUAACAAAUAUAAUUAUUAAUUAUAAUGGCAUCUACUCUACUUUAUAAUUAUAUUUGAAAACUGACGAGCUAUAAUAUACUCGUAAUAUUACUACAGACACAAAAUGUAUGAAUAAUUAUGAAGUCAUAAAUAUCUAAUAUAACAGAUCACAAUGACAAAUUUGAAAAUAAUUAUUUAUUUAUCGUAUCUGGGUUUUGAACAACAAUCUAUAUAAAUACUGAACGCUUAACGGUAACUUACAUUUUUCUAAAUAAGAAUAAUUGUAAAAAUAUCUUCUGAGAAAUAAUAAUAAUAUAUUAAAUCAUUGAAAUAUUUUUAACAAAUAUACUUUAUACUCUAUACAAGCCAUGGAAUUUAUUACGAUUAUUUAUAGCUAUAGAUAUUUAAUCCAGAUUCAUAUAUUUUAUAAAUUUGUAGUUCAUGUUCAGUUCACACAAAAUUAACGAGUUCAUAUUAAUGUGUUCAUUCCCAUCACCAAUUAUAUUAUUUCAAAAUUAAUAUUAACUUUACAUUUUUAAAACACAGUCAAUGAUAAUGGUAAAUCCACUGCCGUUGCACUUGUUGGGGAUCCUAUUAGUGGAGCAACUUUAAAUAAGUUAUUUACGGCUUUUAGAAUGAUUUCAAAAGGAUAUGAACUUAACAGUCAAUAUGGGUUUUUAUUACCAAAAUUCAUGUCCCUGGUGCAAUCCGGUGGUGAGUAAAUGGAAAUUUCAAUAUGCAAUUUAAGUGACUUAUUGCACUAUAAUUAUUUUUGUAUGUAUAUAUUUUUUUUAAUACUUAGGUUUAUCGGUGUACAAUGUAAUAUCCACACUGCCUUAUAUUGCACUUGUAAGUAUCGAUAUUGUAUUAUACAAAAACAAUAAAUGCCUAGGUAUAUUAUAUAUUAUUAAAUAUAAAUAAAAAUGUUCACCUAGGCUUUACAAAGAGCAAACGCGCCUACGGUGACCGGUAAGUGUUACAUUUUAUUAUAUAGAAUUAUAUUGUACCUGUUAAUAAUACAUACAAUAAGUAGAAAUUAAAAAUAUGUACAUGGGUGUAGGUAAGUAAAUUCAAAGAAAAAAAAGCUGAUACUGCUGAUAGAAGUGAAAGUAGAGAACAUAAAAUUAUUUGAUUAAUAUUUAAACGUAAUGAUAAAUCAUUGGUAACGAGAUACGAUUCUGAGUGAAUUUCGUUUAUAAAUACCUUACAAUGCGUUCAUUUUUACGAAUUUUUGUCAAUUAAAAUAAUCACAAAAAAAAAUUUAAAAAUUAGAACACCGACUUUUUUUUUUUUUGCACUAAGUUAAACUUCUGAACCUAGUAUUAAAUUUACAAGCAUCAAAAACAAAAAUCAAUUCAAAAAUUAAUUUAAAAAAAUUAAGAUAGAUGUGGUGCAAUGCACCGCAUUAUAUUAGUAUCACUAAACCGUGAUCUAAAUAUAAUAAUAAGUAUUUGCAUAAUAAUUAUUACAUAUUAAAAAAUCUAUUUGUAUCAUUUUUUUGUAUACAAAUUAUUUUGAAAUAAAACAUGACAUUUGCAUUUUCUUCAACUGUAAAAUGCUUUUGUUUUCUCAUUUUAUUCAAUUCAACACACAAUUGUGUAAACUGUAUAUUGAAUACACAUUUUUCGUAUAUUAACUACUAUCGAAUACACGAACUUCACUGACGGUAUAAUUUUAAAACAACGUUAAAUUAUUAUUUUUAUUAUUGAUAAAAUAUUUUUCCAAUAUUUACCAAAAAUAUCCAUCAUAAUAUUCGUUUAAUCAUUAUAUAGACGUCAUAAUAAUCGACACAAAUUAGUUCAAACAACGUAAGAAUUUUUUCAGGACCUUCAAUUUAAUAUCACUAAAACCGGUUAAUCACUAUAGUAGGUGUUACAAUAAACGAUUUCUCCAACAUAUUCAAAAAGCUAAAGUUUCAAUAAAAUUCGUUUUUUUUUCACAUUGUAUUUGAAAAAAAUGUAGAUAUUAAGUGAUUAUUUUUUUAAAAACAGACGUUCAGUGCGCGUAUAGAUAUAAUAAAAAUGUAACAUUGUUUACUGAUAUUUAAUAAUUAUAAAAUUGUCAAGCAUUUCUGACUGACCAAAAACUUUAUCCAGGUAAACAUUUUAAAAAACCCGAACAUAUGUAAUGCCUAUAAAUAAACUAUAAAUAGCUCGAAUAUUGGUAGAAUAUUUGUCUAUAAAUUUAAGACUUCUAUUAAAAAUGUUAUUCAGAAACAAACAAAAACACAUUACUAAUAUAAUAAUACCAACUGUUUAAUCUAAAGCUUCAGAUAAAGAUAGCUCUAAGAUACCAGCUGCGGUACUCGGUAAGUUAAAUCUGGCAUCAACAAUUGAGGAUCCUGAAAAAUUAAAAACUCUAUUGAAUAAUGAAAAACUUGGUGAUCUCGCCAUCGAUUCUCUAAAAGUCGUGGCCGGUGUAGAAGCAACCGAGGUAUUGGACAAACUAAUGAAAGAAGUGGAUAAAAAUGCAAAUGAUAGUAAGAGCAUAUGUCUAUAAAUAAAAAAAAAAUUUAUGAAAAUACUCUUCCUUAUUUUAUUUAACUUAAGAUACAUAAUUAUAUACCUAGUUUUUAAUAAUUAAAAUUAUUCAAAGACAUCGAGUAAAAUUGGACAUUAUACUGGACUAAGGUAAUUUAUUUAAUUGCAUGUUUUAACAACAUUUUACAAGUAAUUCAAAGAUUAUAAUGCAAUUUAUUUUUAUAGUAAAUCCAUAAGAAUUUUAAUUUGAACAUUUAAAUUAAAUACUGUUUUGUUUUCCCGGAAUAUCAAUUAAUAUACGAUGUUUUUGAUUAAAAUGUUCACUAAAUGUCUAACGCUGUUAUUUAUAUUAUAAAAUAAUUGCAUAUUUUAGGCAACGGAGGUGUGAUUGGAAUAAAUGGGGAACAUUUGAAUUCUUUAUUACAACACUCCGAUUCUUUAAAGCAGUUAUUCAAAACUGACGAACUUACCAAUGAAGGAUUGAAAUGUAUACACGCCUACAUGGAUUCGUAUUUACAUCCAGAAAUAACAAAAUUCAAAAACGACGUCUUAGCAGAAAUGCUACAAAUUAGAACCAAUCGUCAAAACGGUAAUAAUAUUUCAUUUUUCUAUUAAUUCAAAUUUUAAAUAAUUUAAUUUAAAAAAAAAAAAAAAAAAACAUUUAUAAGAACCUGAUAUAUCUAUAUCUGAUAUUGUAAGUUGUCAAAAAAUUAAUAGGUAAUUUGCAAAAUAUUCAACAGUUGUUAACUCUCUCAAAAUAUCAUAGUUCUAUAAAUUUACAUUAUAGUUUUUAUGUAUUAUCACUGUGCCACGUAACUGUGUGUCUACUUCAAAAUUUAACCUAUCUGAUAGCAUUUCUCAUUUUUACCUUCUUUACUUCCUUAAUUUUUACCGGUCGUGGUGUUUCAACAGUUAACGAUUUUAGGUUUUUAUUUAGUUACCUUAGAGCAAUAUCAGAUUUAGAUGUGAAAAUUUUUCUUAAUAAUAAUAAUGCCUUUAAUAAAUAUGUCUGUUGACUGACCACUAAAUCCUAGACAAAUCAGUAUUUUAAAACAAUAUAAUUAUAGGUAAAUGAAAAAUAUAAGUACCUAAUAAAUCGCUUUCAAUAGAAUUCUAUAUAACAAAUCAGUAUUUGUUUGCUUACAUGUCAAACACCAAAACAAAAUAUUUUGUGUAUCAUAAAGUAUUACACUGAACGAAAUGAUUAUACCACAGCAAAAAUAAAAAAUAAAUAUUUGUUUGACAUGAAAUUCUGAAUUAACUCAAUUUUGACUUCUAUUUUUUUUAUUAAUUAGAGGUUGAAGUGACAAAGUAGAGCAUUUUUAGUCUACCGAAGAUAGAUGGAAUACCCAUUUCUACCUGUUUUUUUUUUUAUUAUAUUAUUAAAGAAUGCAGGAUGUUUUAGAUCUAAAAGAACAAAUGUCAAAUAAUUCAUUCAAAAACGGAACUUUAUUAGACGCCGUAACUGCUUUUCGAAUAGUUGGACAAAGAAAUAUUAGUGAAAAGUUAAAAAUGUUUAAUGCAAACAUUGAUAAAGAAGUUUCGAAUUGGAAAAAUGCAAACAUAAAAAACAUGAACGGUGAGUAAUAUUAUCGGUCUCUUAAAACUGUUAAUAAAAAUAUUUAUAGUCAAUCUAAAUUUCAUUUUAAUAUUAUUUUCACGUAGCUUUUAACUAUAACCAUCAUAGUAGAAAAAUAGAAAGUCCCAUAAGCAAUACAAUUAAUCGUACGACAGAUUGUACAACUUUGAUAUGAUCUCACAAACGAUUAUCGUAACCUAUAUGAUAUUGUUGUAUAACGUGUAGUACAACGAGAAGUUUGAACGUGCAGAAAAUCUGUUGUACGACAAUUUCACCAUACGAAAAAUCAUGGAGGAAUAACGGGGAAAUGUGCGAAAUGUAGUAAUAUUUCAGUUUUUUUUUUCCUGUGAACCAAUUUUCUACAUUUUAAUUUUAAUCCGAUUUACAAUUAUAGCACUUUUUUUAAAAGGAAAUAUGACAAAGAAGAUAUUUUAACAAUAUAUAAUAUGUAUGUUUUAUUAAAGGUUAUUAAAACAAUUAAAUAGGCAUUAUAUAUUUUCUAUAGUAAAAUGUAUUUAAUAUUCUACCGAUUUUUCAGUUUUUCCUGCGUUUUUCUUGGUUUUCCCAAGUUUUUCCCGGUUAUUCACAUUUUCUAGGAAAACUAUUGGGAAAAUCAAAAAUGAACUCUCUACAGUACAUUUCCAGUCAGAUUUAAUUUUAGAAAAAGUGCCAUAAUUAUAUUUUGGAGCAUAAUUGCUGGUAGAAAAGUUGCCUAAAAAAAAAAAAAAAAAUCGUAAUAUUUUACUAAUAUAUUUUGUACAUUUUCCCAUUUUAUCUUUGUUUUUCACGAUUUUUCACAGAUAUUUUGAAAACCGCUGGAAAAUUCAAAAAAUUUUGUCCUUAAAGUACCAUAUAGAUAAAUUUCCUUUCAAAAAAUAAGCUACACUUGAUACAUCGGAGCAAGAUUUCUGGUACAUCUAAAAUGCAUUUAUUUUUUCGCUCUUUAGGGAAAUGGGAAAAAAUAGGUGCAAACAAUUUUUUUCGAAACACGGGUUUGAACUCGUGACCCCAAAAGCGAUAAUAGGUAUGUAUAACCACGACUAAAACAAACAUAUUUAAGAAUACACAGUAAAGAAUUAUUUAACAUAACAUUUAAUAUCUGCAUAAUAGCAGAACUUCAAAAAGCUAUAAUUUUGAAACUUUAGCAGUCCGUUCAAUUUUAACUUCACUGUCGUAAAACUCGGAGCAAGUUUACUAGGAAAAACCGUGUCCACAGACUAGAACAAAGAAUAAAAAUAAAUAAACAGCAUUGUAAAACAAAUUACUCCCUCGCUACGCUCGUAGUCUACAAUAUCUUUACAAAACCAAUACAUUCGUCGCUACUCUAAUCUAAAUUAGGUAUUUAUAUAAUAUAUAUUAUAUGUAUGUUAAUACAUAUAACAUUCAUUGUAAUUUGUACCUACUCCAAAAAUAUCAAUGUAUACACCGAUAAAUAUAUUUUAUAAAUUUUUAAAUAUAUGAUUGUCAACAAAACAAAAUAUAGUUCAUCCCAUAGGAAAAAACUGAGCACGCCCCUAGUGUGUGGUAUAUCACGUACCUACUGCAAGUUCGUACGGCUAGUUCAUACAACUUGUGUACGAUAUGUCGUACGAUUAAUUUUAUCGUGUAUGACACACUUACUUCUAUAAUAUUUAUUGUUUUGUCCUAUUUAUAGAUGUUAACGAUUCCUCUCUGUCCAAUACAAUAAGCAGAUCUAAAAGUAUGAUUUUUCAAACGACACCAGAUGUAGUUUUAAAAACAUUGGCUUCAGGAAAUAUAAUAAAAAAGAAAUACGAUUAUCUUCUGCAGUACUUAACAGCAUAUUUUUUACCGAAAGGUUAGUAAACUUUUUAUAAUAUUUAUAAAACAUUUUUUACUAAAGAAUUAUAAUUUAAUAUAACAAUAUUCUUUUGAAUAUAUUUAGAAUACCUACUGUACUAUCGAUACAAACAAAUUCCCAAAGGGUUUAUAAAGUCAGGAUUUCUAUAUUAUAUCGGCUGAGCGGUUAUUUUAUAAAAGGCAUUUGUAAAAGACGCUUUUGUAGAAAAUUUGUGUUCUACUGGUAUUUAUUAAUUACACCAUUUAUGUUUUUGGUGAUCACCUAACAAGUGAUCGCGACGGGAGAUGAUAAUUACGAUCAAAUUAACACAUCACACAGUACUUUUAACGGCCAAAUAAUCUACUUAACACGGACAUAAUAUAUGACCGUACAGUUGAUUCAGUACUUUAGAAAAAAAAAAUAAUAAUAAUAAUAUACAUAAAUAAGUACAUUUUAGUUUUCAAUAACCCAAAAAAAAGGCAUGACCCAUGAAGAGACUUAAUUAUAUAUUAGUAUUAAAUUAAAAAUAAUAUAAUACAUCGAUGGUGACACGGCAAAAGGGUCUAAGUGACACAACUCAUAGUUUUCUGGAAAGUCAAAACCAUUUAUUUGUGAUUUUAACUUUUUUUUUUUGUUCGUCCUUAAUAUAAAUACGUAUUGUUAAAUAACUUUUACUGUCGUUUAGACUCUAUAAUUGAGAAGGCAAAAAAAAAUUAUCGUUUACAACCCAAACUUAAAAUUCAAAUUAUUCGUUAAAUAAUGAUCACAGCUGUUUUUGCGUACGCGCAAUAGACGAAACACGUAUUUCUUCAUCCAAUAGUGAAGCCGUGUCGCUUAAACCAAAAGUGUCGCUUAGACCCUUUCGCCGUGUCACUAUCGAUAUUCUGUUUUGGCUUCAACUGGUGUGAGCAAAACAUAUACUGUGGAUAGUAACAAAUAAUAAUCAAUAGAAAUUAACGUUUACUAACAAAUGUAUAUACGUAUAAUAUUAUAUUUGUCUAGGUAUGGCGAUUUCUGCUUUGAAAUUCAUAUGUUUGGUUACUUACAUUACUCUCGUAAGUAUAUUUUUAUGUAUUACCUUAUUAUUAGAAAAAGAAAAAAAAAUGUCUUUAUGAUGUAUAGGUAGUGCAAAGGGAAAAUUUGAUUCCAGAUAGUAUCGGUAAGAAAUUGUUAUUAUUUAAUUAGUUAAUAAUUUUUAAUAAACAAAAAAUUAAUUCAAAUAUAAAUAUUUGUAGUCCUUUUCCCUAUCAGUAAUAUAAAAAUUAAAAAAAACAUAAUUUAGUUAUAUUUAUUAUUUCCGGAGAUAUUCAAGGAGUAUCUUUGUGAGACAGCCUGUACAUGUCAUAUAGUGAUGAAAAAAUAUGUAUCAAACAUUUUCUUAAAUAAUUAUUAUUUAAUAUUGUACCAAUUUUCGCCGUUUUUUCAAUAUAUUGAGAAAACUAAUGAUAAAAGCAAAACCUCAGUUAGAUUUCCUUUUGGAAAAAGGGUUACACUUGUAAAUCAAAAAAAUAUUUCUGGUAGAAAAGUUGUUCACAAAAUAAAAAAAUAAUAAAUAUCAUUUUAAAUCAUAAGCUUCUUUGCUCCAGUCAGAAUCUAAAAUAACAAUAGAUUUUACAGAGACAUAUUGUAUGUAAAUGUUUGUAUGUUAUAUUCACAAAAGUAAUUUUCAACGACAUUUCAUUUUUCAAUAAUUGGUAUAUAAAUUUACUGGAUAACACAAUUUUUAUAAUUUAAUUAUAGUUUUCAUGGAUUCAAUUUAAAUUUAAAUAUUAUUUUAUAUAAUUAAUCUCAGUACAAAAAACAUUCAGUAGUUAAAUGAAAAUAUUUUAUAAGUCUUGGGCUUGAAGAACCCCCAGAUACAAGAUAAUACUACUGGAAGUCUCGGCGGACAUUCGCGGCCUUUCGGUCAUGAACAAGCCGACAUUACUAUGAAGAAGGGGAAGGGGGUAUCUCCACGAACAAGACCAGCUAAAAUAGAUUUUUAUAAAUACAUAAUUGGAUUAAAAGUGUAAAAAAAAUUACCUAAAUUUGUAUACUUAUAACCUUGCGGUGAAACGUUGAUGGCGAAAUAUUGGUGGCGAAAUGAUAUAGUAUUCGAAAAAAAAGAAUAGAACAUAAUAUUAAUUAAUAAUAAUUAUUUAGAAUAUUCGUGAUCCGCUCUCCCUGCAGUGGAAAGAGAUUAUGAUAUUCCCAUAGUACGUCUAUCUGUCAUAAAAUAUGACAAAUGGGGUUGUGUCAGUUCGACAGCCGGUGUAUAAUUCUGUUAAACAAUAUGAGAAGUUCUAGACAAGACAUUAGUAAAUUGUCCUACUUCAGAUGUAUGCGAGGACAAUAGAUAAAAAAAUCUAGAAUAAGUUAACAAUAGGCUUGAAGAAUGGAGAAUAGGAUUUUAAGAAAAAAACUAAGGAUAAGUAGAAAUAAAACAAAGAAUGAGUUUGGAGAAACAGGACAUUAAAACUAACAAUAAGCGGUUAUAGAAGAGGUUAAGAUUUUCAGUCUCUAGGAUCUUUUUUACAAAAAAACGAUGGCUCUCGUAAGAGUGUAUAAGAAAGGAUAAAGUGUGGUUGAAAAAAGUAGAUAGAAGAGCCAGGUGUUUUAUGUGAUAUGGAAAUUUCAAUGAGACUUAAAACAAAUUCUAAUUAGUACGGUGACUUUUGAGAGACUGACUAAGUUGUAUAGUUCGGAUUUUAGGUGGCGAACAAAAAUAGAACAGAGAAUGAGUGCAGUCUCAUCUCUAUGAGGAUGCUUAAAUGGAUGAGUGAAAUAACGAGAGAAGAUAGGAUAAGAACACAUAAGAGAUAUUUUUUAGUAAAACUUCGAUAGUAGAGAAAAUAUACUGAGAUAAUUUAAGCAUGGUACCGGGAGAGAAGAAACUGAAGCAGUAAUCAGUGUAUAAUAAAGCAAGAGGUAAAGAGAAAAACUGAAAAAUACGUGGUUUGAAGAUGUGAUUGAGAAUAAUUAAGGACAGCAUGUGAAUGCGUAGUAGAAGAUCAGGUCAUGAGGAAUUUUUAGAACGAAAGUGGCUGACCUAAAAUAAAUGGGAUGAAAGCGAAGAAAAACCAGAAUGAAUUUGAAUAUUUUUGUGUUGAUCAAUUUUAAAAAAUUUCAUCAAUAUGUCCAAUGGGCCACCCCUUAAAUACUGAGUGACACGCAUAUGGCAUCCAUUUAACAUCGAUUAUAUACAAUAAAUAUUUCUAUGGCCAAUUUUUUUAUUAUUUCACCUUAUAAGACUAUAUAGAUACAAUAUCUCGGAAAUUAUAAACGUUUUUCAGAAUUUAUUUUAAGAAAAAAUCAGCAUUAAAAUUUUACAUUUUUAAUUAUAAUGUAAAAGUAACUCUUUUGGUCACCCUACCCAUUAUCUCUUACCAUCGAAAAUUGCUCAGAUGUUUUGGAAAUUUGACCACGUCAAUAAAAGACAAACAUAAAUGUUUUUUUCCAAAUUUCAAGUCUUUAAAAAUAUUUGAACAUAAUUAUAACAAAAAAACAAAAAUGAAAAUAAUAAAAGCAUUAUUUUCGUAAAUUUUUUCGACUUUUCACAAUUAUUAUGAAAACUGCUUGGAAAAUCAAAAAAUUACCCGCUUAAAAUAUCAGUUAGAUAAACUUCCUUUUCAGAAAAGGUGUUACACUUCAUACAUUGAAACAAGAUUUCUAGUAGAAUUUGUGUACACAAUAUUAAAAAUAAAUAAAAUAAGCAUCAUUGUAAAACAAAUUACAGAAAAUUUAGUACGAAUGUAAAUGAACGCCAACACGGAUAGUAAAAUAUAGUACCUAAAGGUACUUUAAAAUUACCAACACGAUAACCUAUGUCGUUAAUAUUCUUAUCGAUAUUAUCAUUAUAUUUAUUCGAUUCUAGAAUCGAGUGAAACGAGGAAUACAUUGGUUUUUACGUCGUACAUGAUGUCUGGUUUUUUUUUUCUCGGAAAACACUUUUUCUAUUUAUAAAAACAAUCAGAUUCCUUCAUGCUUCCUUACGAAAUUUACAAUUUCUGUCCGUUUUUAUUUGACCAGAAUUAUUUUUUUAAAAUUCACAACAGUUCUACCUUAGAUCCGUUUUUUGUUUUUUUUCUCGAUAAAAACUUUUGGUUAACAAAAUAGGUUUUCAAAAUUUUCCACGUCGUACGUUAAAAUAUUUAUUUUUAUUAAAUUAAACACUUGAUAAAAUACAAAUUUAAAAAUACUUAAUAGAUUUUAAUAAUUAUUUACGUUAUUACGAUGUGUAUAUAUUAUAUAUUUCAAAUUUCAAUCGAUAUUACUUCUGUUCACUGGUCAUUUUAUAAGUAUUAAACCUACAAAAUAAAUACUAUAUUUACUUUAGUUACAACACAAUUUUUGAUUUUUUCUAGAUAAAAAAGAAGUCAAAUUUGAAAAAAUAGGUUUAAGUACUGACCGAAUAGUUGAUUUUCUCAAUAAUAAAGAAAUGAUGGCCAAAAUAUUUCAAACUGAUCACUCGAGCGUUGCAGUGGAUAUGUUAAAAUUUGUAGCCGGCCCACAGACCACUGUAAUUGAUAAUUUUGUCACUGAAUUGAGAAAAAUUAAAAUUCGUAGGUAUUUUAACUAACUAUACAUAAUACGUAUGAUUAAAUCAUUUAAAUAAUGUUUUUUUUUAUCUUAUAAAACUGAAAAUAUAAAAAAAUCAUCUAAAACAAAAUAUACUGCUUUUAAGUUACAUCAAUGGCGAUAUAUUUUGUACUAAUAUAUUAUGCUGUCAAAUUUGUACUCCUUAUAAAAUAGCUAUACUUAAAAUUAUAGAAAAAUACGGCGAACAAUCACAAGAAAAAUUAAAAUUAACAGAUUUACUUCUGAAUGUUGAACUCUUUAAAAAAUUAUGCUCAAUAAAGCAAUAUGCAGAGAGUACAAUGAAACAAUAUUUACCUGAAAUGGAUUUGACCCAAAUAAAAAAUGAAAUCGGGGAAGAAAUGAAAAAAAUUAACAAUGAAAAAGGUAAUAAUGAUAUUUUAUUAUGAAAUAAAGGUACUUAAGUAUCGUUUUGCUUAUAAUACGAUUAUUUAUUUAUAGUUGUUCGUUAAAGUAGAAAAAUUUUACGUAAUUAUUGUAUUUAUCAAAAAUGAAUAGAACAUAUUUUUACUAUAAUAUUACAGUGAAAUCAUUAGAAAUGUGAAAAUUUGCUUUUUGAUCUUUUUUCGGUUUUUCAAUUAGGCCCACCAGAAAAUGUAGCUAAGGGCACUUACAACCCAACAAUAUCUGAAACCAUAUCCAACACAGUAUCAGCAACAUGCACAGUUGCUCUACGAAAAUCAAAUGAGAUGAUCGAAAGUAUUAGUUCGGGCAUUAAAAAAGAAGCUGAUGACAUGAUGAAAGAGUACACUUCACCAGGUAAGCUGUAAACCAAAAAUAAUAUAACUCAUUUUUAAAUAAAAAAAUAUGUGUGCUUACAUACACACAUGUUACGUAUGCAUUUCAACAGGAAAAUAAUAAUAUAUAAUAUAAUAAGUAUUAUAUCAUAUUUAUUUAAAUUGUUUGUUUCUUUUUUUUUUUCAGAAAGUGAGAACGCUAAAGGAUUAGUGGGAUCGGCAAUAAAAUUAGCACCUGGCCCAAUAUUUCAUACUAUCGCAACAGCACUAGUCGCAAAAAAAAGAUUCAUGGAUCUUUUACAAAGAAGAAAUGCAGCACAAUUGGAAACAAAUAAAGGCAAGGACUAUUGAAUUUAUAUAAAUGAUCGCUUAGUAUAAAAAUGUCCGUGUUUUGACAAAGCCAUGAUGAAUUUGUUUUCUAUUUUAACUAUUUUGUACUUAGACAAAGCCUCGGAAAAGGUUGAUGAGACUGCAGCCGUUAAUAACGAUAAACCACCCUUAACGGAUCCUUUACAAAGAAGAAAAACAGCACAACUGGAAAUGAAUAAAGGUAAGGAUUAUUGAAUUUAUAUAAAUGAUCGCUUAGUAUAAAAAUGUUCGUGUAUCGACAAAUGAUGUAUUUGUUUUCUUUUUUAACUAUUUUAUAUUUAGACAAAGCCUCGGAAAAAACUAAUGAGACUGUAACGGUUAAUGACAAUGGACCACCCUUAAAAACGAACGUUCCAGAAAGUGUUUAAAUUAUUAAAAUUACGCACUUUUUUAAAACUGCAACACAAAUUGUAAAGUACCUAUAUACGUAUAGUUUAAAUACAAGAGAAC